CCUGCGGCCCCGGCCGCGCCGGCAGACCGGGAGAGACAGAGCCCGCUGGAUGCUGCAGCCAUCCCCGCACCGCCACCGCCACCGCCGCUGAAUCCCGGGGGCUGCCGGAGCAUGGACUGCUGAAAACUUGCAUUUCUGCAGCGUGAGGUAAUACUUUAACUCCAAUAUGGGAAAGCAAAACAGCAAACUACGCCCUGAAGUCAUGCAGGAUUUGCUAGAAAGUACAGACUUUACAGAACAUGAAAUCCAGGAGUGGUACAAAGGCUUCUUGAGAGACUGUCCAAGUGGACAUUUAUCUAUGGAGGAGUUUAAAAAAAUAUAUGGAAACUUUUUUCCUUACGGGGACGCUUCUAAGUUUGCAGAGCACGUAUUCCGCACUUUCGAUGCCAACGGAGACGGAACAAUAGAUUUCAGAGAAUUCAUCAUAGCCCUGAGCGUCACGUCGAGAGGAAAACUGGAGCAAAAGCUGAAGUGGGCAUUCAGCAUGUACGACCUGGAUGGGAAUGGCUACAUCAGCAAGGCAGAGAUGCUGGAAAUCGUGCAGGCAAUUUACAAGAUGGUUUCUUCCGUGAUGAAGAUGCCAGAGGAUGAGUCAACCCCGGAGAAGAGGACCGAGAAGAUCUUCCGGCAGAUGGACACCAACCGUGACGGCAAGCUCUCUCUGGAAGAGUUCAUCCGCGGCGCCAAGAGUGACCCGUCCAUAGUCCGACUCCUGCAGUGCGAUCCCAGCAGUGCCGGGCAGUUCUGAACCCGUACUUUGGAUGAAUUAUCUAUCUGUUUUUUUUUUUUAUUUCCUUGCCAAACAACAUUCAUGGUAGUGUUGCCUCUGUAUGGCCAAUUAUGCCUUCAUUUGUGGCAUCUUAUAGCUUAUUUUGUUGUGGAUUAAUUAUAAGAAUGCUGAAUUACUCUUAACAAUUUGUCCAGAGCAUGGGCAGUACUGUUCUAAACAGAUAUUGUGGUGUUAUCAUUGUUUUUAAAAUUUCAUUUUGUUUCUUGUUUGUUUGUUAGUUUGUAUGUGUUUUGGAAAGUAACAUGUUGAGGAGGAGUAAACCAACAACAAACCCCUUGGCAGCAAGACACACUGACAGAUUUUAGAUUGCUGCUUUAGUUGUUAGGUAUUCACCUGCAGGACCUGAAAGUGUAGUAAGGCUGAACCAAAGGGGUUGUGAUGGGUGGGGUAGGAUUCACCUGGAACCUCCUCUCCUGUCCAGGAGGCACCAGUUAAGAUCAAAGACAGGACUGGGAAGAAGUAUGAAAGUGCAAAAUACGUGUGGGGUGUAUCAUUCACUCCUCUGCCUCGUUGUUUCAAUGCUGUGAACACUUUCCAGGUUGUGAAGAAGGGACAAAAUGAAGGUUGACUUUUUUUACUAGGUUUACAGUGGUUGAAGUCAUAUGGCUUUAUCUGAAAAUUCAGCAAUUUGCAAUCCUGAUCUCCAAAUCCACAACUGACAAUACCUCUUGCCGUUUGGGAUCAGCAAAAGCAGACACAGAUAUGAAAAGCUGGGUCUUGACGAUGAAUUUAAGGGAGAUACAUGUUGAAUGUGAAAUUUUCAGGUUAGUAAUAAAGCAGUUGCUACUAAGGAGAGUGGGCAUUCAUGUGAGGAACUCACAGACACCUGCAAGCAGCUCCAGCUAAGGCACAUCUGCUGUUCUCAAUGCUCUUGCAUAGCAGGAAGUUUUGGGGGUGUUUUUGUCUCUCUCCAUGUAGCUAAAAGAGUUUCUGGGCCUGCUCUUAGGGGAAGGCUGUCAUCAAAACUUGUUUUAAACGUAAAAUUGUAGCAUUUAUAUUUCAUUUAUUUUAGUAAAGUUCAAAAAAAUCUGUACUGAAAUGAGGAAAUGGUACGCUUUAUGAUAUAUUUAUAUAUAUAAAAAUUAAAACAAAAAAAGAACAGCUCUUGAGAGAAAUGUUGAAUGUUUAUCUUUCCGCCUAGGUGCAGGAGUAUCUGAAAUUUGCUGCUGCAAAAUUUUAUCCUUUGGUCAAAGUUGCUGUAUGCAAAGCUAGUAUACACAUGUGGGAUUUCUUAGGGACUUCACAAGCGCUGUUGCAAGAGAAAAGCUGGAAAAGCUUUAGCAACAGGAGGCAUUAUGCUGACUAAAUUGGCAUUAAUCAGUCAUUAGCUGAAGUCUGCUUUGUGAUCCUGCUGGAGAGCUACCCAUGCAGGCAGGCACGGGGUUGGGAAUGCAUGAGCUCGUUAGAGUAACCUUUGUCUGACAGGCAAAGCUGGCAUUUUGUCAAGUGACCUUGUAAAUGCUAAUCCCCAGUAGCCUUAAUUUAAAAUAAACCAAGUAAAAGAAGUCUGCUUUGCAGAUGAUGAUUAGCUGAGUACUAAUUAGAAGUCACGAAUGAGUAGUUGAGCAUAAAUAAUCUUCUGUGGAACACUAGCUAGCAUGUACAAUAACUGACAGAAGCAAUCCUAUACUUAAUUUUCCCAUACCAUUUGCUUUGCUGGGUGUUAAGGGCAAAGCAUUUUAAGAGAAAAUAAAAGUAAAUUGAAAAUAACAUUGUCAAUCAAUUGUACUAAAAUUUUUAUGAGUGGCUAAUGACACUCAUUAAAUGUCUUCAAGCACACAUUUUUGUCUCAAACAAUCACAAAAAUCCAGUUGAUGAUAUAUUUCCAUUACAUUCAUCAAAAUACUGAGCUAAGCCAAGCUGAGUGUGGGAAAAUAAGAAAGCAAAGGGGGCCCAGCCACAGACACAAACAGAUUUUAAUACCCAGCACUUUCAGGUGUUACGAGCAACACUGGCAAGUUUUGCACCAGUUUUUCUGGCUGAUGAAAAUAUUCUCUAUCUCCUUCUCCCAAAUCUUAAUUAGACACCAUGUGCACAAAUCCCCUUCGAAGGACAGUCUGUGCCUACCUUCGUCAAGGUAAUUUUCUGCUUUACCUGGAGAUGUUCUGGCCCUCUCUUCAUGUCCAUCACCUCAUGGAUUUUGAAAGUCAUGUACUUGAGGGUUGUUUUUCAGCAGAAGAUGCCUGGCCAGACUCUGGGGAUUGCAAAGGAAGGUCAGUGGGCAUGCAGUGAUCAGCACACCCCUCUGCCAGAUGGGCAUGCCACCCCCCCAGCCUCUCUGGGGGUGCUCCAUCACCACCCCUGCGUGGGCAGAACAAGGUGACACCACAGGAUCCCUGCUGAAUUUCCAACCUCCUGGCUCAGGGCAGGCACUCACGUCCAAAGCAGCCCAGACCUGUGGAAGCUGGCAUUUACUGGAGGUGAACUCGGAUACCUUCUACGGUUCCAUCUUCUUCUCAGUGCUGUGAAAGCAGCUGCAUGUGACUGAAGCUUUUAAAAUGUUGCCUUUUCUUUAAGUGACUGCAUUCCACCUGUUUUUCAUUUUACAAGGCACUUCUGGCCCAGAACCUAAUCUCUCAGUUUGUUUUUGCUCAGCAGUUUUGGGGUGUUGGGGCGACUCGCCUCCUGUGCUACUCCUGUACAACACGGGUCUGAAAGCACAGCCUGUGCUGUGACCCCAGCAGAGAUGUAAUGCUCCCCACAGCUCACAACAUUUGGAAUAAUAAGAAUUAGCUUACAGCUGCAGAGGACAUAGCUGCAGAUAAGGCUAUUGUAGAAACAUUUACAGAGUGAGCUAGGGUUAUACCUGACUGCCACUGAUGAUUGGUAUUAUUUUAAAUUAUUAACUAUCCCUUUCUUUCUCUGCCUCUGCAUGUACUUAAAUAGUGAUUUGUAGCUGAAGUUGUGAUAGGUACAUUUGCAGACCUCAAAUCAGCAGGACAGCAGUGGUGUGCUGUGCCUCAGACUGAAUUUUUCUGCUUUGCUGUCAUUUGCGUUUGUAAUCAUAAUUGCCUUCAUAAAGCUUUUGAAGGCAAAGUGUGAAUAGCACAGUAAGUCAGACUUUUGAGUGAUUCAUUAGCAAUAUCUCCACACAGGAAGGACGGCAGACAGCACAUACUAUUUUGUAUGACUUCUCAAUUUUGUAGAUGCAUUCUCUAGUUUUACUCACAUAUGCACGAGGCAUUCUUCACUAUGUGUUGUCCAAAGGGAUUAAUGAGCAUAUGUCCCAUGUAGACUGAACUCAUGGAAAAUGCCAAUCCCAUUUAGCUGACAUUCCCAGCCAGCUUGUCAAACUCUGGGCCAGAAGAUGAGGAGUGAGGACUAUGACUUGUGAGUUUUGCAAUACUCUCCUUGUUUUAGGGUGCUUUGGGAGGGGAAAAGGGAACACAACCCUUUUAAAACCAACACACGUGUUCUUCUGAGCGCUUAGAGUUUGAGAGGGACUGAAGAAAUAUUUAUGUUUCAACAUUAUUUGAAGCCCUGUCAGUUCACAGUUCAAUGAUGUUCCUGAGGUACCCAGAGCUAUGCUGUUCCCUUGCAGUUCUUAGGAGCUUGUAGGAUUUCUAUCUUCUUCCUGAGGCAUUCUUUUUUGUUCUGCGUUAUAAGUCAUGACCUCCACAUUUUCUGCUGCUUAAAACAGUAAGCCAGAAGUAUGUAAACUUUGUAGCUGGAGGAGGUCUGUGUGCAGAAAUAUUGCACACCAGCACAGGAAGCAGUCACACAUGCCCAAGGCGCUGUGGUUUGAGCACUGCCCCUGGGGGAUGAGCCCAGGGCUUCUCUCUUUGCUGGUGGCAAAAGCGCAAUAAUGCUGCUUAGCUUGAUUGUCUUUCACUGCAGGUCGGGUUAAGUCACAUUACCUUGCAUUGCUGUGGGCAGAACCUUGUCUCAGCUGACUCAUGGAAACUUGGUGAACUGUGGUAUCUUGGUGCUGAGCCCUAAUCUGCAGACUAAGCUAAGAUGAGAAGAUGGCCUUGGCCACACGUCUCAGUACAUGUGAACCAGAGAACACGGUGACAACUGGCAGGUCCCUGGGGACAUGUGGCAGUGAGGAGGGAAUCUCCUGCCCCAGAACAAUGCCCUGAGCUGGGCUGCCUCCUCCUUUUAAAACUCCCCCUUUUUUCAGCACCACUGGUGUAAGAUGCAACAUGAUAGCAAUAUAGCAGGUGAGGAUGGAGGAAGCAUCCUUCAGGAGUUUCCUUUCGCAGUUUAGCCUACAAGUGCCAAGUGAGACAGUCAGACUGGUCUGAUUGUUGGCUGGACAAGUCUUCCUGAGCACCCAGUACACCAGCACCUCCUUUCAUCUUCCCCACGGUGCUCCCUCGAUUUCCAGGCGUG